CGGGCGCGCGCCAAUGGGCAGCGGCUGGCAGCGCGUCCCGCGCCCGAGCCGCAGUCGCGCCCUCUCGCUGCCUGGCGAAGGCGCGGAGGCGAGCGCGGAGGAGAGCAACCGCCGGCGCCGCUGCCGCCGUCAGGGCAUCAGGAUGGCCGUGGGCUCUAUCAAGAUGCAGCCACCGUGCGAGAGCCCGGCGCUGGCCUCGGCCGCCCCGGCUGACGGGCCCCUGCGCCGCAGCCCGAGCGCCCGGGAGCCCGAGCGCGAGCCGCCCGCCGCGUCUCUGCGGCCGCGCCUGAGGGACCUGCCUGCGCUGCUGCGGAGCGGGCUCACACUGCGGAGGAAGCGGAGCGCCGCCGGGGCCCGGACUCUCUCAAGAAGAAUUUCCAAUCCAUACCUUGAACACACUCCUUCCCAGAUUUAUGGAGAGAAUUCUUCUUGUGCAGGCAGAGCGUUAAGGAACAUUAUUAUCGUUCAAGCAGCUGACCUGGUAAAGGACAGAGUGAACCUCAAGGGGUUUUACAGGAGAAGCUGCGUGGGGUCAGAGUUGGUCGACUGGCUUCUAGAACACUGUCCUUUUGUCCAGUGUAGAUCUAUGGCCAUUGGGGUCUGGCAGCUCCUACUGGAUAUGGGGAUUAUGUCAUCAGUGGACCAACAUCUGUACUUUCAAGAUAAUUACGUUUUCUACCAAUUUUCUUCGGAUGAAUGUAGCUACUUGUACUGUGAAUUUGAAAGAGAAGAAGAAUGGCAAAAUGGAGUGAGGCUUCUGCUGCAGCUUGUGCAUCUCAUUCCUGCUCGAGCUGGUGUCUGUGACCUGUCUCAUCAGAAAGUGGAAGACUCAGAAGAAAGCAGCGACGAAAUUCUUGCUCGGCUAACAUCUGCGGUGCAGAGAGAGCUAGCGGCUGUUAUUGCAUUGAAAGCAAGAAAGUCUGCAAUUGAACAAGACGAUGAAAAUGCUGACAAGCACAUAGCCGUGACGGAGGCUAAUGACGGUCCCGACCCUCAGGCUGGGGUGAUGUGCAAGCUUCAAGAAAGAGAUGAUAUUGGGCGUAUUGAGCUGGUCCAGAAGCUGGCAAGAGAAAACUGUCAGUUUUUACAAACAGACAAAAAAGAACCAGAGAAGUCUGAACAGCAAGAUGAUGAAGUGACCACGGUUCAGGUGAAAGAGCAAGGCCAGAGCGUGCUGGUGCUGAAGAAAGUAGCCGGCUGUGGCCCAGCCCCUGCCUCGGGGAGUGCGGAGAGCGACGACGCGAGGUACGUGGUGGUGUCCGGGACCCCGGAGAAGAUCCUGGAGCAUCUUUUGAAUGACUUGCACCUGGCGGAGGUCCAGCACAAAGAAACAGAGACGCUCCUUGAUGACUUCCUUCUCACAUAUACAGUAUUCAUGACAACUGAUGACCUGUGCCAGGCGCUGUUAAGACACUAUUCUGCUAAGAAGUAUCAAGGGGAAGAAGAAAACUCAGAUGUCCCUUGUCGGAAGCGUAAGGUCUUACAUCUGGUUUCGCAGUGGAUUGCUCUGUACAAAGACUGGCUACACGAAGAUGAACAUUCAAAAAUGUUUCUAAAGACCAUAUACAGGAAUGUGCUGGAUGAUGUCUAUGAAUACCCAAUUCUUGAGAAAGAAUUGAAAGAAUUUCAGAAGAUACUUGGGAUGCAUCGCCGUCACACCGUCGAUGAAUAUUCACCACAAAGGAAGAAUAAAGCCCUUUUCCACCAAUUCAGUCUUAAGGAGAACUGGCUUCAGCACAGAGGAACUGUGGCCGAAACAGAAGAAAUUUUUUGCCAUGUGUAUAUAACGGAGCACUCCUAUGUCAGUGUGAAGGCGAAAGUUUCCAGUACAGCCCAGGAAAUCCUGAAGGUGGUGGCUGAGAAGCUGCAGCGUGCUGAAGAGGAUCUGGCUCUGGUGGCCAUCAUGUUCUCUGGAGAAAAACAUGAAAUUCAGCCAAAUGACUUGGCCAUUUCCAAAUCCCUGGAGGCAUCAGGUCGGAUAUUUGUCUACCGGAAAGAUCUGGCAGAUACUUUGAAUCCUUUUGCAGAAAAUGAGGAAUCACAGCAAAGGUCAAUGAGGAUUUUGGGAAUGAACACUUGGGACCUUGCUCUGGAAUUAAUGAGCUUUGAUUGGAGCCUGUUCAACUCAAUCCAUGAGCAAGAGCUGAUCUACUUCACGUUCAGCAGACAGGGAAGUGGGGAGCACACGGUCAACCUCAGCCUUCUGCUCCAGAGAUGCAACGAGGUCCAGCUGUGGGUGGCCACGGAGAUUCUGCUCUGCAGCCAGCUGGGCAAGCGCGUGCAGCUAGUGAAGAAGUUCAUCAAGAUCGCUGCGCACUGCAGAGCUCAGCAGAACCUGAACUCUUUCUUUGCUAUCGUGAUGGGUCUCAACACUGCCUCUGUCAGCCGGCUAUCCCAGACCUGGGAGAAAAUUCCUGGGAAGUUUAAGAAACUUUUCUCUGAACUUGAAAGCUUAACGGAUCCUUCCCUAAACCACAAAGCCUACAGGGAUGCAUUCAAAAAGAUGAAGCCGCCAAAAAUCCCUUUCAUGCCCUUAUUGCUUAAAGAUGUAACGUUUAUUCACGAAGGAAAUAAAACAUUCUUGGAUAAUCUUGUCAACUUUGAAAAGCUGCACAUGAUUGCAGACACUGUCCGAACCCUGAGACACUGCAGAAGUAACCAGUUUGGAAGUGACAUGUCUCCAAAGGAGCAGCAAGAGCUGAAGUCCUAUGUCAACCACCUGUAUGUCAUCGACAGCCAGCAGGCCCUGUUCGAGCUCUCUCACAGGCUGGAGCCCCGGGCCUGAGCCAUGCCAUUCUGCCCUGUGACUGCAGCACGUAGAGCGAAGGAAAGGUCUCCGGUCAGCAUGUUGCUUCCUGUGAGAAAAGAGGUUGCUGAGUUUUAUCAGCAUACCAUGAGACAAGUGCAGGAAAGCCAGCCAAAGCAAGUUUGGGAAGUGACGUCAUCCACCCGAGGCAGGAGAGUGCCCCCCUCCACCCCUGCUGUCAGUGAGAAGACAAAAGGAAUCAGAGCAUCCUUGGAACAGGGUUUUUCUUAUGCUGGUGAUUUCAAUCCAGCCCAAGUCUCAGCUUAUGGUGUGGCAGCAUUAAGAGAAAACAUGUCUUGAUAUACAGCAGCCAGAUUGUUGUUGUUUUUUUCCAGUAAGAUUGUGUGUAUAGCAGGAAGGACCGUCACUCUGCCUGUACCACUUGACUGCCUGUGGGCCAUUAAGAGACUGAGAACACCUGAAGACAUCUCCAGUGAGAGCAUCUCCAGAGGGCCCAGGAGGAGAGGCUUCUGCAGCUAGAAACUGGACAUCACCCUGGCAGGCAUGGCCUGCUGUGCAAAUAAGAAAUGCCUGGCACACACUUCUUUGCUUCCACAAUCAUUUACCAGUGUAUGUGCAGAUGAAACUAGCUUCUGUACCACUGAUGUACUCCUGUAAGCAAGGCAGACUGAGUUUCUCAUCCCAUAAGGAACUGGGCAGUGUUCAGUUUCUGGGAACUUUCUUUACAUAUAUUUUUGUUCUUGUUGUCGUUGAGUGCAACAUGAUUUUCAGAAAAACCUGGACCCGAUGGUGGGUCCUCACUGUCCACUUACUGAGAUCACAGAGUUGCCAGCUUCUGCAUUCUUGUGCCUGAUGCAGCCUUGGUGUUUGCAGAACUCCACCAGGCUCCCUGCCCACGGGAUGUAGAAUGUCAGCCCAUGAGGGAGCAGGAGUGAAGCGGAGUAUAUAUCGCUUAGCAGUUGGGCUUACCAGUCUUUCAGUGAUUGAAAGGUACCCAGAAAUGCCUAAAAUCUGACUUAACUGGAGAGUUGGAACCCCCACAGUCCACUUCCCAAGUAAAGCCAGAGCCUCUCUGCAAUUUGCCUUUUUCCUUUUCAUUUUUUUAUUUUUAUUUUUAUUUUUACAAAUCGGGCCUCAUAUACCAAAUAACACCUCUUGGAAUUCUCAAGGACUGGUUAGGGGAUUUCCCUGAAUCCUCAAGUAAGCAAAGAGCUUGUGGUUAAAACAAGCCUGCUGUCCCAAUAGCUCUUCACUAUGUGCACGCCCCCAUCUGAUGUAUUAGGUGUAUGCAUUUUCAAUCCUGAGUAUGGGUAUGUUCCUCACACCCCUGAGGGACUGACUGGUGAGUGUCCACAGACCUGCUUCCUACUCUCUUCAGCACCAUCAUCUAAGGUAUGCCCCUUGCCUCCUGACUCCUUGAGAGCCACGCUGUUUCCUGGUCUUGGGACCACAGUGAGCCUGAGAUACUGCUAGAAGGAACUAUAUGGAAAAAUUUGGGAUAGAGCUUUCAAAGAGGUUGCAUCUGGUCCAGCGUGUAAAAUUUCAGUCCUGGAAACUUAUGGGAUGUUGUGGAAACACUCCAGCUAGGACUGGUUCCCUGAGAAAAUGUUUCACAGGGCUGAGAGCCAACAGAUGAGAGCAGAGCCGCAGAACCAGGGAAAGCGGGCUUUCUUGGUGUGUGACCAAGCACAAGCACUCACAACGCCCUUGGCAGUUUCUGAGAAUGCCGCAGACUUAGAGCACAAACACUUGUGUCUUCCCUCCAAGCUAGCAACCAGGAUUGGGCUAGUGAAAUCGUACCAGGCCAUUUGAUACUGUCUGUGUUCUAACCUAAUGAAUUAACAUUAGCUCUUACAUUGCUCCAAGCAGAACCUUCCCUUCAGAACUCAUUGUAGGUGGAGAUCAGUUUGAGUAGAACUCAUCUGUCUAGACGCCAGCUCAACUGGGCUGCACAAGCCAUACCUGCAUCAUGCUUAGCAUACUUAUAAAAUCCUGUAGGACAUGAGUGGGAACAGGCCGGGAGAGUCUGCUUUUCCCAAAGCAAAAGUCAGGUGGCAUUUGUUUUCCCAUCCUGUCUCCUGAAUAUCUGAAAUCUCUACAUCUUCAACCUUAACACCUGUUUCUAGGGAUUUCUCAGGCAGCAGAUCUAGGGACUUCAGGAGGUUUGCAGAAUCUUAAAUCUGAAAUGAGAGAAUAUUCCAGAAUUGUCAGACCCUGUUUGUUCCACAGGAAGGUCUUCCUAAGGCAGCUGACCCGGUUCCUUCUCCAGAGCCUCCCCUGGGUCUCCCCAGAAUCAGUAUUGCUCUCCCUGAAGGUGGACUAAGAGAUGUCUAGGGUCUCUUCCAGUUCUCCUUUGGAUUUUUAUGAUUACAUAGAUCCCCAUCCCUCCCUAAACCCUGUAUAAUUGGGAUCUUCAACAGUGAGUGAUACCUGGACCUCUUUCUAAGAGCACAGCCCUCUAGGGGGGCUGUGGGUCUUGGCAUUCCAUUCCUGCCAAGCAGCCCCACUUGCUAGUUAGCACGGGAGGCAGAACGUGAGUUCAUCUAGGGGAAGUCACCAACUUUCCAAAUGUUUUAAAGAAUUUACACACGCAUUUGCAGAUGCUCCAUAGCCUACAGGUUUGAAAUUCACUUACAGUCUGUAUAAUUGCCAAAUGGUUAUAGUAGCACAUAGAAUAACUCACAUUCACUCUUUUCUAGUAUCCUUAAUUGCAUUGAGAAUAAAUUCCUUUUCCUACUCCAGUAUCUACAAGCAAGUAGUGUGGCACAUACUUUGAAUUUAGAGGCAUGAGAAUAACGUCCCACACCUCCUAGUCUGCAGGGACAUAUUUCCUAGAUGCACACGCGCCUGAAUGAAGAGUAAGUGGUGUGGACAAGUGGCUGCUUGUGUAGACUUCUGGUCCUGGAGCUGGCCCCUUGAUGCUGCCUAAGUCCCAGCACUGUGGUUUUGCUACAGACAACACAUGCACUGCAGACCCUGAACUAAAUGACACAAGCACCCAAGCUUUUCAGAAUUGGACCAAAUCAUUAAUGUUUGGAAGACAAGGGCCACUGCAGCUGUCCAGCAUAGGAGUUCUUCUCAACUUCAAAGACGUGUCCUUGAAAUUUCAGCCUGCUCAUUACUGAGUGGGCCAGUUUUGCUCCAGAGAAAACACAUUUUGAAAAAAAUUGCCAAAAAAGUCAGAUGAAAUGUACUACUGUAUAAAGCAAAGCUGUAUAUACUAAGCAUUUUUAGCAGAGUAAUAUUUAUUUGCAUAGCCUAUUUAUUGUAUUCGUAUUACACUGUUAUUAAAUACCAGGAUGAAAUCAAUGACCAGAAGCGAGGACUCUUGCCUUUGGAUAUCUCAUUGCUUAGGACUGCUGUGACAUUGUCAGCUUGCGAUAACAAUUAGAAGAUAGAAAGCCCACAGUCUGGGCAUCUACCUAACUUCUCAGGGACUACACCUCGUAGUUUUCCACCAUUCUAAGAGCUGGUAAAUAUGAAACAUUUGUUGAAUUACCAGACUGCCAUUGACAGUGUUUGCUUUUCAUAGUUCAUGCUUUCUGCCUCUGUGUAUAUGACUGUGCUGUGUAUUUAUCAAAGUAGGAAGCAAUAAUUUAUAUGUAAAAAUGGCCAAGCAAUAUAAGGUUAAAACUUACAUAAGUAACCAUUACCUUAUCUUGUAUUUUCAAGUGUUUUUUUAACCUGCUUUUCCAAAUAUAAGACUAUGUUAAACAUA